AUGCAAUCAUUUUACAAGUUAGCAUUCCAGACACUUUCAAAUUUUCAUUCUCUUGGAUUAGUAAGUGAUGAUGAGAAGUCUUAUUUGAAAGAAGUGAUUUUAAAUUGGUCUAAUCCUUAACUCGAUACUUCUUAAGAUUAGAUGUCAGUCUUAGUACUACAAAAAAUUUAGAUUUUAAGAAACCAAUACUAAAAAACUAAUUAAACAUAGAAACUUUUGUGUUUGAUAGAGGAAGAAACUGAUGAAGAUGAGAAUAUUUGA